AUGGAGAAACAACACAAGCUGAAACUUCCAGUGGAAGAUUCACCGGCAGAGACUUCAGAGAUGGAGGAAGACGACGACUGUUCUGAAGCAAAGUUCGUGUGGCCAUGGGUUGGUCUCGUAGCUAACAUACCAACGGUGGUUGAAAAAUCUGGUCGGAGAGUUGGCAAAAGCGGUUCAACGCUACGUGAUGAGCUCAUCGUGAAAGGGUUUGAUCCAACAAGAGUCCAACCCAUUUGGGAUUUCAAGGGACAUUCUGGUUUUGCUUUGGUUGAAUUCAGCAAAGACUUCCAAGGAUUCGAAAACGCCAUGAAAUUCGAAAGGAGUUAUGAAUCAGAUCGUCAUGGGAAGAGAGAUUGGGAGAAAGGUAUGCAUUCGAGAGAUGAUAAGCCUUAUGGUUGGGUUGCACGAGAAGCUGAUUACAAUGGGAGUGGAAUCGUUGGCAAGAAUGUAAAGAAGAAGAGGGAUUUGAAAACCGUGUCGCAGAUUCAACAAGAAGACGACAGGAAAAUGGUUCAGCUUGUCACAAACAUGUCUCAGUCGAUUGAGAUGAAGAAGAUAUGCAAGCAAGAGCUGGAGGACAAAGUCAAUGAGAAUGCUCUUUGUUUGGAGAGCUUGGAAAUUCAUAACGAUAUGCUAAACAAAACCUACCAAGAAGAGGCUGAGAAGAUGCAGAAGAACGUGCAAGAGCUGUAUCAGCACAUUCUGAAAGGACAUGCAGAAUCUAUGUCGGACCUGGAAAGACAGAGGGAGAUGAUGGAGGAGCGUGCAAGACAGAUUGACAUAAACGAAGCUGAGAUGCAAAAAUCCAGACUUGAAAGAGAAAUGAAAAGCACCAGGCAAGUAGAACAAAUCCUGAACCAAAAGUUUCCAUGUUUUCAAAUCUUCAAGAAUCUGAAACAUGACAAGUUUUUGCAGAAAGAGAAGGAGAAGCUUCAUGCGAAAAUAAUGGCAAUGGAAGCUAAGCUGAAUGAAAGGCAAGAGCUGGAGUUGGAGAUAGAGAAGCUGAAAAUGAGCACCAAUGUAAUGAAACACAUGGUGGGGAGUGAUGGAGACGCAGAGGCUAGAGAAAGAGCUCUGGAGGAGAUGGCCAAGAGUCAGAGAGAGUUUGAGGCUAGAGAAAGAGCUCUACAAGACGAAAUGAUGGCUUUGUCACAAAGAGAGCGUAUGACCAACGACGAGUAUCAAGACGCUCGUAAAGAGUUGAUCAAGUUCUGGAAGGUGAACGACGAUUUGGUGAAAGAAGAGAAGAUUAGAGUGAAGGUGAUGGGGCAAUUAGACCCUGAGCCGUUUUUGCCAGCAGUGAUGAGGAAACAUAAAUUGACAAAAUCAAGAGCAGAGAUGAAAGCUAUGGAGUUGUGUUCAUUCUGGGCAGAACAGAUUGGAGAUGUGCAUUGGAAUCCAUUUAAAGUCAUUGAAUCUGGUGGAACAGCAAAGAGAGUAGUGGAUAAGAAAGAUGGGAAGCUGCGUAAGCUGAAGAAUGACUAUGGUGAAGAAGUUUACGAUGAAGUGGUGAGGACAAAGCUAGAGAUAGAGGAGUACAAUGCGAGUGGUGGCUAUGUGAUUUCUGAGAUUUGGAACUAUGAGGAAAAGAGAAAGGCGACAAUCGAGGAAGCAGUGGAUGUGAUGUUGAAGAUAAGGAAGGAUCUUGCUGCAAAGGUGAACAAACGUCAGAGGCUUUGA